AUUCCUGCACCACCUUCCAUUAUUCAUUCACACUUCACAACCUUUUUUCUCUUUCCUUUUUUCCUUUCAAAACCUUCACAACCAUCUCCAUCUCCAUCACCAUCUUCACCAUGUCCAAAGAGAAGAGCGUGGUGAUGGGCAUUGUAUGGAGCUUAGUCGACGUCAAGCUCCUUAUCACCACCAUCCUCAUCCUCUGCUCCAUUGCCACAUUCCUCCAGCUCCUCCCUUCUACCUCUUCCUUCCUCUCUUGCCUCUCCUCUCAACCCCCUCAACCUCUCAACUUCACCAUUCCCAAACCCCCACAAGAAACACUAACCUCAAGCUCCGGCGUUCUCAAGCGCUCCUUCAACCCCAUCGGCUCCGCCGCCUAUCUCUUCAUCCAAAUGGGCGCUUACCGCGGCGGCGCCAACUCCUUCGCCGUCGUCGGCCUUGGCUCCAAACCCCUCCACGUCUUCUCCAAACCAACCUUCACUUGCGUCUGGACCCCUACCAAAGACUCCACCAUCAACUCCUCCAAAACCACCGUCGGCUCUAAGAUCCUCCCUGACUGGGGCUACGGCCGUGUCUACACUGUCGUCGUCGUCAAUUGUUCCUUCCCGGAGGACAUCAACGUUGACGGAUCCGGCGGCCAGCUAACCAUCCACACCACCACAGGAGCUCAAGGCGACGAUAAAGUUGAGAGCUUUGUUGCUUUAGAAGAGUCACCGGGGAGCUUCAACGUCACUGAACUCACGGCGGCGCCGCCCAAGUACGACAUCCUCUACUGCGGCUCGUCUUUGUAUGGCAACUUGAGUCCUCAGAGAGUCCGAGAAUGGAUGGCGUACCACGCGCGGCUGUUCGGCCCACGCGCGCACUUCGUGUUCCACGACGCCGGCGGUGUUCACCCGGCCGUGCUCGACGUGCUGAGACCGUGGAUGGAGUUGGGUCUGAUCACGUUACAUGACAUUAGAGAGCAAGAGAAGUUUGAUGGGUAUUAUCAUAACCAGUUCCUUGUUGUUAAUGAUUGCUUGCAUAGAUAUCGGCAUGCGGCUAAGUGGAUGUUCUUCUUUGACAUCGAUGAGUUCCUUUAUGUUGAGCCUAAAGCUACGCUUAGAUCUUUGUUGGAUUCUUUGUCGGGUUACACGCAGUUUACUAUUGAGCAAAUGCCAAUGUCCAGCGAGCUCUGUCUUUCAUCUGAUUCAGGGAAAACGUCAAGGUUGUGGGGGUUUGAGAAGUUGGUGUACAGGGAUGUGAAGAGAGGUGUGCGAAGGGAUCGGAAGUAUGCGAUCCAGCCGGGAAACGUGUUCGCAACGGGCGUGCACAUGUCGCAGGACGUGAUAGGGCGCACGUUGCAUAAGUUGGACGGUCGAAUUAAGUAUUUUCACUACCACGGAACGAUUGCUCAACGCCGAGAGCCUUGCCGCAAUUUUGUGAACGUUACCGUUACCGACGACUUGGUUGUCGAGAGCACGCCUUACGUUUUCGAUGAUACGCUCCGCUCGAUCGUUGGUAGUGUGAAACGGUAUGAGUACAAGGCUAUUGGGUCACGCCUUGGCCGAACGAGACAAUAAAACAAACACCUUAUAGUUAUAGGCAUUGUUUUUUUAUUCAAUA